GGUGCAAGAAGCAGCGACUGCAGCCACAGCAGCAGCGGAAGCGUCAGCAGGAGCAGCAUCAGCAGCAACCAAAAAUCCUCAUCAAAUCCUCACCUAGGCUUUCAGCAUAUCCAGAUCCACAUCUUCCCUCAAGCCGGGAGAGGAAAAGAGGAAAGGGGGGGAGAAAAAAAAAAACCCAACAACUUAGCGGAAACUUCUCAGAGAAUGCUCCAAAACUCAGCAGUGCUUCUGGUGCUGGUGAUCAGUGCUUCUGCAACCCGUGAGGCGGAGCAGAAUGAUUCUGUGAGCUCCAGGAAAUCCCGAGUGGCAGCUCAGAACUCAGCUGAAGUGGUCCGCUGCCUCAACAGUGCGCUGCAGGUUGGCUGUGGGGCUUUCGCAUGCCUGGAAAACUCCACCUGUGACACAGAUGGGAUGUAUGACAUCUGUAAAUCCUUCUUGUACAGCGCUGCUAAAUUCGACACUCAGGGAAAAGCAUUUGUCAAAGAGAGCUUGAAGUGCAUCGCCAAUGGGGUCACCGCCAAGGUCUUCCUUGCCAUCCGGAGGUGCUCCAUUUUCCAGAGGAUGAUUGCUGAGGUGCAGGAGGAGUGCUAUACCAAGCUGAACGUGUGCAGCAUCGCCAAGCAGAACCCCGAGGCCAUCACGGAAGUCGUCCAGCUGCCCAAUCACUUCUCCAACAGAUACUACAACAGACUCGUGCGCAGCCUCCUAGAGUGCGACGGGGAUACUGUCAGCACUAUCAGAGACAGCCUGAUGGAGAAGAUCGGGCCCAACAUGGCCAGCCUCUUUCAAAUCCUGCAGACGGAUCACUGUGCCCAAACACAACCGCGAGCUGACUUCAACAGGAGGCGCACCAGUGAGCCCCAGAAGCUGAAAGUCCUCCUCAGGAACCUCCGAGGUGAGGUGGCCUCUCCCUCCCACACCAAACGCACCUCUCAUGAGAGUGCAUAACCCGGGAGAGGUGUGCACAACCUCACCAAACUAGCAUCAUUGAAGGGUGUUCACACACCAACUUUGAGUGUACUGUGCCUGCUUUGAUUUUUUUUAAAGUAGUUCCUAUUUUCUAGCCCCCUUAAAGAAAAUUGCAUGAAACUAGGCUUCUGUCACCAAUAACCCAACAUUCCGCCACGGCAGCAUUCCCACAAACAGAAUUCUGUGUGAUCUCUCUGCCUCUCCUCAGGAGGAAAGACCCUCUUUGAUUCCUUUCCUCUACCAUGUUUUUUCCCAGCUCCCCUCAAAACUACCCUCAAACACACAAUAUUCAUGUAAUUCCCCGGUCAUUGUAAUUUGAAGAUGUGGAGCCCUUUAGAAUGGUUGCCCCAGUAGAGUUAGCUGAUAAGAAGCAACUUAAUUUAAAUGCAUGUCUUAAAUGCUCAUAAAGAUGUUAAAUGGAAUUCGUGUUAUGAAUCUGUGCUGGCCAUGGACGAAUAUGAAUGUCAUGUUUGAAUUCUUGAUCUCUCAUGAGCUAGUGUCUUAAUGGUCUUGAUCCUCCAAUGUCUAAUUUCCUUUCCGACACAUUUACCAAAUUGCUCAAGCCUGGCCCUCCCCACAGGCUUUGAGCCUGCCUCUUCUUGCAUCUAAUGAAAAACAAAAAGCUAACAUCUUUAUGUACUGUAACUGCUCAGAGCUUUAAAAGUAUCUUUAACAAUUGUCUUAAAACCAGAGAAUCUUAAGGUCUAACUGUGGAAUAUAAAUAGCUGAAAACUAAUGUACUGUACAUAAAUUUCCAGAGGACUCUGCUUAAACAAAGCAGUAUAUAAUAACUUUAUUGCAUAUAGAUUUAGUUUUGUAACUUAGCUUUAUUUUUCUUUUCCUGGGAAUGGAAUAACUAUCUCACUUCCAGAUAUCCACAUAAUAAAUGCUCCUUGUGGCCUUUUUUAUAACUAAGGGGGUAGAAGUAGUUUUAGUCAACAUCAAAACUUAAGAUGGGCCUGUAUGAGAUAGGAAAAACCCACAGGUUUAUCUGAAGGACCCCAGGUAAGAUGUUAAUCUCCCAGCCCACCUCAACCCAGAGGCUACUCUUGACUUAGGCCUAUCCUGAAACAGCUCUGUCACAUCCAACUGGGAAUGACAGGAACCAAAAAGAGCAUCCCUUUGGCUUGGACCACUAAGAGUGCAAUAAGGCCUACUAUACCUUGGGACGUGGCAGUUCUUGACUCGCCACCUUUCAUCAGUGCCUGGUACUCUGGCAAACUGAUGACUGGGUGGGAGACUUUCCAUGAAAUCGAACAGGAAUGAGUCAAGGAGCCUUUGGGUCUUUAGUUUGGGGGACUUGGGGCUGAGGGGGUGAAAAUAACCCUGGGCUGUCCAGCCUUAAUAGACUUCUCUUACAUUUUUGUCCUGUAGCACGCUGCCUGCCAAAGUAGUCCUGGCAGCUGGGCCAUCUCUAUAGGAUUACAAAAGGAAAAGAGAAAGAAAGAGGAAGGAAGGAAGGAAAGAAGGAAGGAAGGAAG